GACAGUUAAGAGAACUCACUGGAAUCUUGAAAGAGAUAAUUAACAUGGUCUUAGCAAAAACAAUAAAAAUACGACUGAAAAAAACCUGAAUUCAUCAAACAAUAUUAGCAUUUACAGCACAAGUACAGGUGCUAUUUAAGUACAUAAUUGAACCAAGCUAAUAUACUCGUAAGUCGAUAAGUCAAUAAAUACCUUCCAAGGAAAGUUGUCAAGGGCUAUGUAAUAUCAGCCGGACAAGUCUCUGAAUAAUUUAUUACUACCACUUAAUUUUUCAAGGUUUUUCAAACUGCUUCAUUUUCUAAGUCCAUUUGAGACACGCUCGCGAGACACGACAGACCGAUGAUGGUGACUAGAGACAUGUCUCGGUCUUUAGACCACGUGAACUGGUGGGAUCCUGAGCACUGGAAGAAUAGGAAGCCAAGGGUCAUGUCAUCCAUGUCGUUGGAGGGAGCUGAUCCUGCCGAAAUAAGGAAUGGAUGGCUCACGCUGCCUGAUCCGAAGGCCCGUUUCCAACAGAAGCAAAUGCAAGAGCGCGAGCUGAAGAUCGCAUCGCUAUACGAAGCGCAGCAGGCGCGGGCGCUGGACCGCGUGCGACACUCCCCGGGCACAGGCCAUGGCACCACCUCGCCUCCGCAGCCGCCUGCCAGCAUCACGCACCACCCGGGGAAGGUCCGCCAAAUGUUCGAAGAGCGCCGCACGAAAGCAGGCAUAGACAAGAGCUACCCGCUGCAGCCCAUCCACAAUACAGAGAGGAACCCCACCAGAAAGGCGCUGCCCAAUGGCUACACCAAGGUCACGGCCACCGCCAACUCAAAGGUCGUGGAGAAGAGAACCACCAAAACCCACAGUCACAGCACGCACACCGUUAAAAAACAGCAGCAUAAAAUAGAAAAUAUAGUAAAUGGAUCCGGAGAUCUCAACCACAAUCACGAACCGGAUCUAAAUCGAACAAAACACAAUAUGCUGCCAAAAAGCAACGGCGAGCUGAUCUCCCGCAUCGACGAGCUGGACAAGGCGGACAACAACUACCUUCUGGAAGACGAGACGUUCCCUGAGGCUCUCGCUCCCACGCCCACGCCGCGCUCGCCCGAGCCCAGGGAAGUACGGGAACAGAAGCCACAAAGAAGUAGUCCUGCACCUCGAAAUAGCCCUCCAAAAACCAAACCUCAACCUACAGCAGCGCCACCUAGGAGGGUCACAAGUGAAAACGCUGUAUCGGACAGCAGUAGGGCCCGCGGGGCCAUGCAGCGGACCGCCAACGCCGUACCUAAACGUCAGACAGCAAGCCCGACCAAGCCGCGUGGCACGGCGUCGGCGGCGUCGGCGUCGGCGGCGGGGUCGGCGGGCGCGGGCGCGGCGUGCGCGGUGUGCGGGCGGCGGUUCGCGCCCGACCGCCUGCACAAGCACCAGGACAUCUGCAAGAAGGCGCACGCUAAGAAGCGCAAGCCCUUCGACGCGCUCAAGCAUAGGCUGGCGGGCACAGAGGCGGAGCCGUUCAUCAGCAAGCUUCGCAAGGGCGCCGCGUCGAGCAACAAGGUGCCGACGGCCAAGCCUCUCAACAACAACUGGCGUCAGAAGCACGAAGAGUUCAUCCAGGCCAUCCGCGCUGCUAAGCAGGUGCAAGCGCAUCUUAACGCUGGCGGAAAACUCAGCGACCUGCCUCCACCACCGCCGUCCGAGAAUCCCGACUAUAUCCAGUGUCCGCACUGCAGCCGGCGCUUCAACAAGGCAGCCGCUGAGCGCCACAUUCCCAAGUGCGCCAGUUUCCAGUUUAACAAGCCCAAGCCCAACGCCAGGAAGCGGUAACGGGACACAUAAACACACGCUCCAGAAGUGGCUGGUGUAUUUCAAGCUCAUCGUCACCUGUGAUUGGCUGCCGGCGACCCUUUGGCGACUCUUGUAACUAAACGGUCUAUCUUAAACCUUAUAACUGUCAGUUUUUAAAAUUGGAAGCCACGCCCAUUCAAUUGUUUCUUAAACUCUUCUUCAGUGCUGGGUGGUGUAUCAUCGUCACCUGGAUUUGCUGCCAGUAACUAUUUGGCGACUCUUGUAACCGACAGACUAUUUAAAAUCGGAACCACUCGGCUGCCGGCCACUACUAAGCAAUUAUUGUAACUGUCAAUUUGAAAUCGGAAGCCACGCCCAUUUUCUGAAACCACGCCCCACUUCUCAAACCUCGUUUAUUACCCAGGAUUGACUGUUUUGUCCUGUCAAAGUCUAAGACUAUUUAAAAUCGGAAGCCACUCCCAUUCCACCACUUCUUCUCAAACUUUGUUUAUUCUUCCCCAUUGGCUAGAGUAGACUGUUCUGUCCUGUUAAACGUCCACCAGUUUGAACUUCGAGUGGAGUUCUGAUCUCAGAGAUGCCCGACUUGGAACUAGAUAACAAGGAUGUCGCAUCUAACUGGUACGUCGACUCGCUAAUACAAAUCCUGUUCACGUACGCGCUCUUUUACUUGGUGAAGUCGUUUUAUGACAUCAUCAGCCCUAAUCUGCCUAACUAACAAUGGAGUCGUAUCCUCGACCGCCCCAAAUGCCCCCAAAGGGGGGUACUUUUUGUCUAGCCGACUUUUUACUAAGAAUGUGUCUUGCAACUGUCGUGUACUACUCUAUUUGGACCAUAAUCUCAUACGUUCACGACUACGCGUGCUGCUAUCAAAAUCGUAGCGAAACUAAUACCCCAAGAAGAUCACGCAGAAGGUAGAUUAUCAUCUAAAGUGACAGUUUAGUUGUAAUUAGAACUAAUUAGUACUUACAAUGCCAUAUACAAGUUGGGACCUAUUAAUUAAGACGAAUACAUAACACAAU